AUGGCCGACAAAGGUUCAUUAGCUUCUACGAGUCCGUGGAAACCUGACUUGAACUGGACUGGAAUUAACCUAUUUCUACAACUGUCUGAAAAGCAUGCCGGCCUUUCCUGUGUUACAGCCUCAGUGGAUGACAUACAAUUUGAAGAGGUUGCCAGAGUUGGACAAGUUAUAACCAUCAAAGCAAAAGUUACUAGAGCAUUCAGCACAAGCAUGGAGAUCAGUAUCAAGGUCACGGUGCAGGACAUGCUCACUGGUGUUGAGAAACUUGUCAGUGCAGCUUUCUCUACGUUUGUGGCCAAACCAGUUGGAAACGAAAAGGUCCGAUUAAAGCCAGUCGUGCUCCUGACUGAGCAAGAUCACGCAGAGCACAGCCUGGCUUCCGAGAGACGGAAGGUUCGGUUACAGCACGAGCAGACCUUCAGCAACCUAAUGACGGAAAGCGGCACGUGGGAUGAUCCCAACUGUGAUGAAGAAGAAGGAAGGGUUUCCACGAGGGCCACUUCAGUUCAGAGUAUUGAACUAGUCCUCCCGCCUCACGCAAAUCAUCAUGGAAAUACAUUUGGUGGCCAGAUUAUGGCUUGGAUGGAGACAGUGGCGACUAUUUCUGCAAGCCGCCUCUGUGGGAGAUACUCGCUUCUGAAGUCGGUGGACAUGUUUAAGUUCCGGGGUCCUUCUACAGUGGGAGACCGUCUCGUCUUCAACGCCAUUGUCAACAAUACAUUUCAAACUUGUGUUGAAGUUGGAGUGAGGGUGGAGGCAUUCAACUGUCAGGAAUGGACUAAAGGUCAUGGCAGGCACAUCAACAGUGCUUUUCUUAUUUAUAACGCCAUUGAUGAUAAAGAAGAGCUUGUCACGUUCCCCAGGAUCAAAUCGAUCUCAAAGGACGAUUUUAGACGGUAUCGUGGAGCCAUUGCACGCAGGAGAAUUCGCCUAGGCAGAAAAUAUGUCACUUCCCACAAAGAAGAGAGCCCCCUUUGUGUACACUGGGAUGUCAGCAACCAGGUGGCCCUGAGUGAUGCCAAUGUGGAAGCUCUCAGAAAGCUGGCCGCCAAGACCGGUUGGGUGGUCACCAGUGCUGUGGAAAAGAUAAAAAUCUAUACCCUGGAGGAGGACAAUGUUGUAUCUGUUUGGGUUGAAAAGCAUGUGGAAAGACCAGCACACUGGGCAUAUCGUCACUUGUCUGACUUUACCAAACGACCUCUGUGGGACCCGCAUUACACCUCCUGUGACAUAAUAGAUUGGGUGAAUGAAGAUGAUCAGAUAUACUACAUUACCUGCCCUGUAAUGAACGGUGAUAAACCCAGAGACUUGCUAUUACUUGUAUCCCGGAGAAAGCCUCUCAGAGACAACACCACUUACACAGUAGCAUUGAGAUCGGUUCUUCUACCGUCAGUUCCACCUUCUCCGAACUAUGUCAGAGGUGAAAUCAUAUGUGCUGGGUUUCUGGUUCACCCGAUUGACAGCAGUGCCUGCACGGUAUCUUACUUCCACCAGAUGUCUUCUAGCACCCUUCCUUAUUUUGCUGGAAAUAUCGGUGGCUGGUCCAAAUCCAUUGAAGAAACAGCAGCCUCUUGUAUACGGUUCCUGGAGAGUGCUACUGAUGAUACUUUUAUAAGCAUACUUUAAAUCCGAUGUUUUCUUUGUUCAUAUCCCACGUUUAAUUGCAAGCACACUUACCCCUGGCAUAGGGCACUCUCAGUCAAAGCGAAAUGCAGUAAGGAAGAGAUUAAGAAUCAAAAUGCAUCACAAGUUGAAUACCAGGGAUUUGAAUGAUCAUUAAAAGCAAUUUAAAAAUAUAUAUACUUUUAGAUCAUCUUUGCUUCGGCCUGUAUUCAACUCUGUACGCUUGCUAAAAUGGAGCUAACUUGAUUCAGGUUUCACCAACAUUUUUUAGGUCACAGGGUGUAAUGUGUUCUUUUUGACGUUUUCAUUUGAUACAAUCUGAGGUGCAGGUUUGCUGUCAUUUGAGGAGCUGAUUAAUAGAACGGCAUCGCUCCAUGUGCCGCAGGUAUCUGUAUGCCAGGAGCAUCUGACAAGAUGUAUUACACGUUUUAGAGCUUUAAACUAGGAAGAUAUUAAAACAUAAUGGAAUCCAAUCAAUUUUCAUAAUAGGACCUACUUUACUAGUGUCAUUUAACAUAUAUUCAAGGUGGCUGACCAAUUUAGUAUCUAUUGCUAUAUAUACACACACAAAGUACCUGCAAAAUGUGAUAGUAUAGAGAAAGACAGUACUAACAAAGCUCUUCUCUCAUAGCCCAUCCCAUUAGGACUUCAUUCCUUCGACUUCAACAUUCAUUAUUCUAGUCCGUGAUUUGACUUAACUCAUAAGGCAAACCAGAAUAGAUCAAGUUAGCCUCCUCUGCUAAGAACCUUUUUGAAAGUUGAAGGACUUCUCCAGAAAAGUUUUGGUCACUUAAAAGGUUCGAUACAUCCUGCCUUUGGUUUGCCAACUCUCUACCUCCACCUCCUGCUACAACCACACACAUAGUCUAGGUCUGCCUGUCACUGUUUUUGUUUUUCUAUGUCAACAGGUUUUCAUUUAUAUAAAUCUUGGGCCGUGCUCCAAUUUUAUGAAUAAAUGUGUAUAAUAUGA